ACACUGAAAAGUUAAGAUAAGUCCGAUGAAUGAACACAACGUCUCUCUGCAACAACAAAGAAACCCCACACUGGACACCAUCUCCUUCAUCACUCUCUCCUCCAUGCAACCCUUCCUCACCAUGGAUCUCGAGAGAGGCCCUAAGUACGAGGAGUACGCUCAGUUGAGGGAAGCAAAGCUUCGCAUGAAGUACCUAAGACAACAACAAUUCGAUCAAGAAAUGGAAGCAGAAACGAAAGCUGCGACCCCACCAAGGAAAAAGCAAGUCAAGUUCCAAGGUGGUGUGGUUUCUGGGAGAAAAGGGUCUUCUCUGGUGGCUCAGUCUGUGCCGGAUUUUAGUGCUGCGUUGAGGAAGGAGAAUCGAAAGCCGAACGUGUUACCUUCUUUGAUGGAGUUGACGCCUCCGUCGAAGAGUGUUUGUGGCAGUGCAAAUGCAAGAGGGAGCAAGUCAGCGAGUGCUGGUGAGAAGAGAAGGGGUGGUGGUGGGGUUCUCAUGCCGAGGAAAAGCUAUGCCAGCAUUGAUGAACUCAAGAGUUUGUCUUCUGCUACUGCAAAUGCUAUCAAUGGUGAGUGUAGAGGAGGAGUAAGAAGUAGCAGGGUCAUGGCAACAAGAAAAACUGUUUUAGGCUACAGACAUUUGAUUUGAGGAGUGUGGUGUUUGGAGUCGCUCAAUGGAGUUUUCCUUAAACCUUUCAUUUGUUUGUUUAUUUUGGUGAUAUAUGUCUUCACUGCUCAUUUAUUACUUUUCAUUCUUUAUAAGUACAAUUUGCAUUUUUUUUCUUUUGUAUUUGGGAGGAACUUACAGUUCUAUGUAGGUGCAAAGCUAGUAUCUAUUACCAUGACACUGUUGUAGAGAGAAUAGUUUUAGUAUUCCUCUAUUUAUUGGAAGGACUUUUCUUGUGUUUUCGAAUGAAGUAUAUCUUAUGAAAAUAGGCUAAAUCUUCCGAAUAA